CCGCGCGGCGGGUCGCCGCGAUGGUCGGGGUGUCGCCGCGGUCGGGGCCGGGACAGGGGGUAGGGCGGGAGGCGACCGCCCGCCGCCGGCUCCGAGCCCUCCUCCGGCCCGCUUAGGCCGUGCCCGGGGGGCUGCGGGGCGGCCCUGGGAGGAGCCGCGGAGGUCCUGCCCCGAGGAAUGGCUGCAGAUGUCCACAAGAAGAAGAGCUGGGAAGUGCCCAAUGGGUCCCUGGCACCAGGAGAUGGGCAGCACACGGAGCGGUCCGAGAGCCCCACGCCGGGGCUGGCGCAGGGCACAGAGCCAGGGGCGGGCCAGGAGGGAGCCAUGUUUGUGCACACCCGCUCCUACGAGGACCUGACGAGCCCCGAGGACGGGGCGGCUGUGGCGCGGAGCCCGGAGGAGCGGCGAGGGGAGCCGGGGGAGCAGAGCAGCAUGGAGCAGAUCAGCAAGGACUUCAGCGAGCUGAGCACGCAGCUCACAGGCAUGGCCCUCGACUUGGAGGAGGAGAUGAGGCCGGGCAAGGAGGGGAAGCUGGAGCAGUCCCCGCAGACCCCCCGCCGUGACUCGGUGCUGUCGGGGAAGGAGGAGGAGGACGUGACCAUGGACGCCUGGCGCAUGCACCGCAAGCACGUCUUCGUGCUGAGCGAGGCAGGCAAGCCCGUGUAUUCCCGCUACGGCUCUGAGGAGGCCCUGUCCAGCACCAUGGGCGUCAUGAUGGCCCUGGUGUCCUUCCUGGAGGCCGAGAAAAAUGCCAUCCGGUCCAUCCAUGCAGAUGGCUACAAGGUGGUGUUCGUGCGGAGGAGCCCGCUGGUGCUGGUGGCAGUGGCACGCACCCGGCAGUCGGAGCAGGAGAUCGCCCACGAGCUGCUCUACAUCUACUAUCAGAUCCUGAGCCUGCUCACCUGGACCCAGCUGAACCACAUCUUCCAGCAGAAGCAGAACUAUGACCUGCGCCGGCUCCUGGCCGGCUCCGAGCGCAUCACCGACAACCUGCUGGACCUCAUGGCCCACGACCCCAGCUUCCUGAUGGGCGCCGUGCGCUGCCUGCCCCUGGCUGCCAGCGUCCGGGACGCCGUCAGCAGCAGCCUGCAGCAGGCCAAGGCCAAGAGCCUGGUCUUCUCCAUUCUCCUCUCUGGGAACCAGCUGGUGUCUCUCGUGAGGAAGAAAGAUCAGUUCCUCCACCCCAUUGACCUCCACUUGCUCUUCAACCUCAUCAGCUCUUCUUCCUCCUUUCGGGAGGGUGAAGCCUGGACUCCUAUUUGCCUCCCCAAGUUCAACUCCAGUGGCUUCUUCCAUGCCCACAUCUCCUACCUGGAGCAGGAGAUGGACCUGUGCCUGCUGCUGGUCUCCACAGACCGCGAGGACUUCUUCACCGUGUCCGACUGCAAGCGGCGCUUCCAGGAGCGGCUGCGGCGGCGGGGGGUGCACCACGCCCUGCAGGAGGCCCUGCGCACCCCCUUCUACAGCGUCGCCCAGGUGGGCAUCCCCGACCUCCGGCACUUCAUCUACAAGUCCAAGAGCUCUGGGCUCUUCACCAGCCCCGAGAUUGAGGCUCCCUACGUGCAGGAGGAGGAGAAGGAGAGGCUCUUGGGGCUCUACCAGUACCUGCACAGCCGGGCCCACAACUCUUCACGGCCCCUGAAGAACAUCUACUUCACGGGCCCCCGAGAAAACCUCCUGGCGUGGGUAACCAACGCCUUUGAGCUCUAUGUAUGCUACAGUCCCCUGGGGACCAAGGCCGGUGCCAUCAGUGCUGUCAACAAGCUCAUGAAGUGGAUCCGCAAGGAGGAAGACCGACUCUUCAUCCUCACACCCCAGACAUACUGAUGGGCAUCACCCUGGGCGUGCUGCCAGCUGGGAGAGAGCCCCCGCUGUGCUGGGGAGCCCAUUCCCAGGGAUUCCCAGGCCAUGUGUCUGGGGGAGAGGGCAUGGUGGGAUCCCAGAGCACAGAGAAACCCCCCUGUGGGACUGUCCAACCCGAAUGUUAGAGAUGGGGUGCAUGGGGGAAGGGAAAGGGGUGAGCAGGACUUUCUCAGCUGCAGGCAGUGCCCCAGCUGGGGGGCUGUCCUUCCUCUGUGGUCCCCCAGCUCUGUCCCUGGAGUGGGGCUGCUGGUACCCUGGGUUGCUGGAGGGGAGCAGAGGAGCAGAGCCCCCAGGUCCUGCUGCCUGUGCCUGCCAUCUCCUCUGGCAUCCUGUGGCUGUGCCAAGGGUGAGGGUCCCCAGGGGAGAGGUGAGAACCCCAGUGCUGCUGUGCCCGCAGAUGGCGGGUGACACUACCCAGGCAGGGGACAGGGCUGGUCUGGGGCACACACUGCUCUUCCUGCCCUGGGGGAGCUGGACCUCCCAAGUGCCAGGGAGUCCCUGGCAGUCCCACUGCAGGUUUGCCCCUUUGGCAUCUGUAUGAGCCCUGACCCUUCCCACUGUGGCUGUGAAAAGGAUGUCCCUGGGGAUGCUGGCAGGCAGGGUGGGUCAGCCUGCCUCAGCUGGGACAGCAGGGUCCUGCCCACCUCCCCAUGAGGACACAGAGGAGCUCCAGAGAGAUCUGGGGUGCCAAGGUGUCCAUCAGGGUGUUUGUGGGCUCAUGGUGCUGGCUCUGGGUAGUGAACCCUAAAUGGGCAGUUCAAGCACAGCCCCUGGGAGACCCCGCUGGCACAGGGCCCUGGUGCCCCCCAGCCCAAGGAGGGUCUUCCCCUUGGCACAGGAGCACCUGCCCCCAAACCCAGCUCCUUGAGCCAGUUAUGCUGAGCUUGCUGCACAGGGGCCACCUACUCCCCAGACAUCCCCAGGCACUGGUGUGGGGCUGAGCAUCUGUGAACUCCAUGUUUUGGGGCUGUCUGGGUAGUGCUGGGGCAGGUGUUUGAGGAUGGCACUCUGACAGCAAAGGAGCUGAGAAGGACCCGGCAGGGCUAGCACAGGGAUCUGCUCCUGUGUUUAUCCUCCUGCCAGAGUGUAAUCGCUUGUCUUUGCUCAUAAACAUUAUAUGGACCCUAA